CCGCCCGCGUCUCAGCACCACGCGAAUCAGCCGCAGCAUCACCCUGUCACGGCCACGCAACAGCAGCAGCAACAGCAGCAACAGCAACAGCCUCUGACGCGGGAGACAUGGAUGCGGAGUUCGCAGGGACAGUUUGCUGGCGUCGUGGAGAUUCCACCCCCCGCAGGGCCACCUCCACCUGAACGGCCACCUCCCCCCCCACCACGCCUCCAACGGCCACCUCCCCAACGGCGCCAUGAACGGCCACGCCCACCCGACCCUCAAUGGCCACCACGCCAACGGCCACUCCGGCCCGGCGAACGGCCACGCCCCCCACAUGAACGGCCACGCCCCGCACCACGAGCAGGCCAACAACCACACCAACCAGAACAACCAGAAUAACCAGAACAACCGGACCGGCGGCCUGGUGGACGACAACCAGACGAACGACGCGCACGAGCGGCGGGACGACCCCCGCAAGGACGACAAGUGGGGCUCGCUCACGCGCGGCCUCGCGGCCUGGAAGUACCACAACCUCAAGGAGAAGAUCUCGCACAAGUUCUCCCGCGGCGACAAGCCCGACGAGCGCGCCGGCGCCGAGGGCAAGCACGGCUCGCACGCCCCGGCGCCCGCCAAGAACAACGCGGAGAGCGGCGGCGCUCAGCAGGAGCAGGGGGCGCUCCAGCCGGGGCCCGCGCGGGACAGCGGCCGCCUGCCCACGCUCAACACGAGCUUCCGGAGGGCCAUCCACCAGAGCUCGCAGAAGACCAACCUGCAGGAGACGAUGGAGACGAGCCUGAGCGCGGGGCCGGGGGGCGUGCCGCAGCAGACCAACGGCCUGCCCCCCCACUACCCCCGCAGCCCCGGCCAGUACCGCGCGCCGCAGCCGCUCGCCGCGCCGCCGCUGUCGCCCCCCACGUACCGCGCCGCGGCCCCCCACCCCCUGCCCUCGCCCCACAUGGGCCGCCAGCACCCGCACGAGAUGCUCGGCCGGGGCCUCGCCAGCAGGAGGUCGGGCUCGUACCACCACCUGGCGCAGCUCCGUCAGGACGGCCCCAACUGGCGGCCGCACCACUAUUCGGUGGACAACCUUGCGGACGCGCAGGCGCUGCCCUCCGACCACACCUACUCCGGCCCCGCCGUCACCGGGGGGCGCGGCCAGCCGGCGGGGGGCGAGGGCGGCGGGUCUGGGGGCUCGGACUCGGGUCGCGGGACGGCCGGCAGCGGGGGCGAGGGGCGCGCCGCCCACGCCCUCGACACCAGCCUGGACUCCGCCGCGUCGCAGAGGCAGAACAACCAGGGGCAUUCCUCAGGCAACGACUCCGAGUGGGUGGACAUGACGGACGCGGAGCUGCAGCGCAUCAUGAAGAAGGGCGCCGAGAGCAAGUCCGGCGGCGGAGGACUCGUGCGGCGCGAGUCCCUGGCCGCCACGCCGCCCCUGCCGCCGCUCUCGCCCGAGGGCUCCCCCCACGCGUCGCCGCAGAACUCCCCCAGCAGACACAGAAAGUACAACCUAUCCUACAGCGUCGGCGGCCUGAACAAGCCCGACCUCCUGGAGGCGGCGGGGCGCGACGGAGGGGGCCGUGCAGGAGGCGAAGGGCGUGCCGGGAACAGCUCCCAGGGCAGCUCUCAGUCUACGCCCCGAAGAGGAGGCCCGACGCAGACGCAGCACUCGCACGCAGGGAACGCCGCGUCCUCGGGAGGAGGCGGAAGCAGCAAUCACAGGGCCACAGGAGGUCCUUCAGGAGGCUGGUCUCGAAGGAAGGAAGAGGAACGGCAACGCAGCGCCAAUCACGAGCCGCUCACCAAGAACAAGAAUAGGAUUAACUUAGAGCCUCUCCUGACCCUAGGCCCGAGCGCGAGGGACCUGGACGCCGGCGAGAUCACCUCCACCACGGACGCCCUCGAUCUCGACUCCAUGCUCGACGGAGGCGAAGCCACGGAGGCCACCAGCGACGACGACGCCACCUCCGCCUACGACCCCGACGUCCACCUCAUCAGGAAGCAGCUGGAGGGCCUCGAGGGCAUGUACUCCGAGGUUCUGAAGCUCUUAGGAGGAGGUCGGCGCGGGGGAAGACAUCUCGGAGGAGGCGGAGGCGGCGGCAUCGGGGACCUGAAGAACUCCCGCAGGCGCAUGCACGGGUCCCUGUCCUCGCUGCCUUCGUCGAUCAUGUCCUCGCGCCCCGGCAGAGACAAGCGACGCGUUAUAGACGACAGGGUGAGGAAAGGCGGGAGAGAUAACGGAAAGUCUAUUCACAAGAGAUUCCAACGCCUGGAGAGUCACGUGGUCACCCUGGCCCGCAGUGUUGCCCACCUGAGCUCAGAAAUGCGGACACAGCACCUCAUGUUCCAGGAGAUCGAGAGCAUCCGCGGCGAAGUAGCAGCUCUCAGGACCGGCGGCGUAGGAGGCUCAGGCGGCAGCGGAGGAGGAGGAGGCGCAGGAGGAGGAGGAGGAGGAGUGAGCGCGGGCCGAGGAGCUGCGCACGUGUCCUGGGAGUCCUUCCGAGCGGGGAUUCCUGGCCUCUCGAACCCCGGCAGAGUCAAGAAGCUCACGCAGUUCUUCGGGGACGAGCCGCCCCUCGUCCGCAUUUUCCUGAGGAAGCUGGGCUAUGAGAAAUACGCCGGCCUCUUUGAACAGGAGAAGAUCGGGAUGCUGGAGCUGCCUUAUCUCACGGAGGAGAGGCUGCAGAAAAUCGGCAUCCCAAUGGGCCCACGUCUCCGCAUCCUCCAGGAAGCACAGGGACCCAUACGGAAAGAAGGGAAUUUAAGUGUGUAUGUGGUGUAGAAAAGGGUUGUGUGUAUUGGAGAAGGUAGUGUGUGUGUGUGUGUGUGUGUGUGUGUGUGUGUGUGUGUGUUUGUGUUAGAUUCUGUCCUUUGCGUGAUGUAUACGUAAGUUUGGAUGGAUUGUAUAUAUUUGUAUUGAUAAAGGAAGUUAAACAUUGAUAAAAGUUGAAGGUUUGUUGAUGUUGCCAAUAUCGUUAAAGCUGAAAUAAAGCAGACUAGCCUCGGAAAGGAUUAUGAAUUUUUACUCGACUACAAGGCAGGCCGAUUACGAGCAAUAACUAGUUGUAAGUUGUAAGUUGUAAAUCACCGAUGAGAACAACACCUAGGAUCACAACCAACGAGCAUUUAAACAAACCAAAAAAUAAGUCACUAUAUCAUCAAACUUCUCUCUUUCACAAACAAAAAAUUCCACACAAACCACAAAGUAACAAAUAAAACCAUCCCACAUCCUCACAUUUUUUUUUUUUUUUGUCAUACUCGAGAAUUAGCAACGAUGAAUUCUUUACCUUUUUUCCGCCAGAAACUUUUUUUUUUUUUUUUUUAAUUUCAUGAUAUUUCGCCAGGGUAUAUUUAACUCACCUCCUGUUCUGAUCGAUUAGAAUGCGGAGAGUGGUUCUCAAACUCACUUUCGUGUGGCGGUUGCUAUCUCAGUACGACCUUGUACAAAAUUCCUUUUAAGACAGAAAAAAAGUUAUGAAUGAGAAGACAUGACAUGUUCUGAUGUCAUGUCGUCAGAAUUGUUCGGUUUUAGUUCAUUAACUCGUAAACAGAAGUACAUGUUUCGAUGUUAUUUUUUGACGGCAUUUGUAAAUAGUUCAGAUAAAGAUAUAGCAACAGAGAGCAUUAAUGAUAUUUCCCUUGCUCUGUGAAUGGUCCGAUUUCAUUCAUAACUUUUUCUACUCGCUGUCGGUGGUGGAAAUUUCCAUCGCUGGGUUGACUUAUUUCCGGGUUAUUCAUUGGGUGUUCUUGAAGCGUGCUGGCUUGAAUGACAAAACACCGUCUUGAUACAAUGGCAGAUUUAAAAAAAAGAAAGUACAAUAUACAAUAAUCAAGUUUGUGUAUUGAGCUUCUUUUUCUGCUCCUCUCCCCCCUCCCCCCUUCCCCCCUUGCAAGAAAAAAAUACUAUGCAUUAUCAUGCGUAUUGUGUUUUUUUUUUUUUUUUCCUUUCCUUCUUGUUAGUGUGUGUUUUGAGAGAUUUAUUGACUAAAAUCUGUAAUAUCGUUACAGUUAGUUAUUUCUAAUUACCAAAGAGAUAAAUAGAUUGUUAAAUUGAAAUGCAAUGCUCUGAAACCCCUCAAAAAAUAAUUGUCUUAUAAGGUUUGAUUCUCGGCUCUACAUUAUUGAACGCGCAUUGUCCGCCAUUUUGAUCAUCAUUAUAUCUUAUCAGUACUAUUAUCAUUGUUAUUAUCAUUAUUAUUAUCAUUAUUAUUAUUAUUAUUAUUAUUAUUAAUAAUAUUAUUAUUAUGAAUGCCAUUGCCAUUCAUUUCCAUUCGCAUUUACCAUCGUGUAUUACCCGUCUCUGCAUUCCUCAAAUCUCCCUGCAAUGUUGCAAUGGUGGCAGCACCAAGGGUAGGUCUCCAGGCUAAGUCUUGUAGUGUUUGAUAUCCGUGUAUAAAUUUGACGGAAAAGUUUGCUUUAUUGUGUAAUAUUUACUUCAUUUUUAAGUAAGUUGUACAUAUGUGUAAAUAGUAUAUUUUUCCCCUUAUGUGUAGUAAUAUGUACAUGUGUCGAGAAAUACCUUGUGCACUAUUGUAAAAACAAUAUUUGUAAUCUAAAAAUAAAAAUCAUAAUGAUU